UUUAUGAGCCUAUUGCUUUUAUUGUCGUUUAAGGGCUCGUCCAUUACCACUGGGGAAUAAAACGUCCUCAUUGCUGCCACGUUAUUUCUUUAUUGAGGAGCUGAGGCAGUAGAUUGGAGGGGGAGGCAAAAUGUGCUGGAGGGGAUGAAUCACUAUUAACACUGUUAGAGUGCGUUUUCACCAUGGCACUCCACAUGGUUUCCAAGGAGACGCCUGGUUCCUCAAUUAAACCAGGAUCUGGAUCAGCCUGACCUUCUGUCCAGCCGUUCUCAGAACAUAAUUCCAACCUCGGAGAAACCCGCAUAUAGCGCGCCGUGAAACCAGGUGGGUCCAUCAGAACAUCCCUAAUGGUGUCAGUCACACAACUUUGCACGUGAGUGUGAUUGCAUGCUAGGACGCUAUUAGAUUACGGAUCCUGGUGGGUGAGAGUUUCAUUAAGCUGCUACAUGACACCUGAUGGAUGAGCUUUGCAACAUUAUUGCUGCUUGUUAUUAACUGCCUCCGAGCCCUGGACCUCAUAAUUGGGUGUUCUUUCGGGACAGUUCAAACAAGAGCCCUCCUAAUCAGAUGCAAAUAAUUGACUGAGCCCACACGGUAUCAUAGGGUGAGUGCUUAAGGUUCAUUAUUUGCACACAGUGUCUCACUGGAAGCUGUGGUGGGGGAAAAAAUGAGGAAGUGACUUCUAAUAUCUGAAUAGAUAAAUAAAAUGAGUUUUAUACAUGCACAGUUGGAGCAGCGGGAGCUAACGAAUCCUGCGGCUGAAGCUUCUCCUCCUCUGCGGUAAACGAAGCAGCCGCCUCCUCUCCUUCCUGUGCUGCUCUAACAUCUAACCCUGAGACCGAGCAUCACCCACAUCACAGCAAAGGUCAGUGUUGCUGUGCCCAGAAUGCUGCUGAGCACAGCGUUAGGUGUCGCCUGCAGCGUGCGCUGAUGCAACAGGGGCUGCCGCCGCUCUGCUUCCGCCUGAUCCUCAGACUUCUGCCAAACGAGGACAAAUGACAUUGUGGGUGACAGGGAGGAGCUCUCCAUUUGGAUCUGGGCUGAGCUUAUCAGCAGAAGCCUGUUGGAGUGUAAACGCGGGGCGGAGAUGAGGAGAGCAUUAGCAUAUCAGCCUAUCUAAUCUGCAAAACCUCCCCUCAGCUUGACAGCAAACACUAAUAUAAUGGAGGAGGAUGGGACAGUGUUCAUUAAGAGCAGGAGUAAAGUCACAUCUUGACCCCAGCUUCUCCACAUCCAGGAAAACACUGUUGCAUGUACAGUAUUAGACAGAUGUGCUCUGAAGUACAAGGAAACCCUAAUUACUUGGGGGAAGAUGGAGGAUGUUUUCCAUCCACCACUACACAGAAGCAGCUAUUUCAGUAAAUCAAUUUUGCUCCAGCUUCUUAACCGAAAAGCAACCAAUGCAUUCAGAACUGGAGCCCAGGACAAAAAAAGUGGGAACGAAGAAGCACUACAUGAAGAAUGAGCAUGCGGCUGUUUCUUAUGUUUAAUGUUUGUGACUAAUGUAAAUAUUACUGUGGUCGUCUGUUUUCUUGGAGAGAGGAGUGAAAAGUGGGAGCAUAAAGCAUGAAUAGUGAGUCAGGGCGAAGAAAAUAAGACAAAUGAGGAGUAAUUGAAGAGACAGAUGAAAGAAAAGCCAAGAAUGGAUCCAAAUAGCAGAGUUUUUAGCGGAUAAGCAAACCUUUGAAUGUCUGACAACUGAGUUUUUUCUUAUCGCCUUCGUGUUUACGUGUCGUCUACAGCUUAGAAAAAACCCACCAAAAACUGCUCAUCUGCUGCUUUUAUCUCACUUCACUCUGUGUUUGGUUCUGUUUUGUGCUGAUGGAGAAGGUCCAUAAGAGAUAAUGACUAUUCCCUGGUUUUCUAGUGCGCUCCACAAUGGCGCUCUCUAUUAUUUGGUGGAUUUUUGUGCGUGCGCCUCAGGCAGCCAAUGUAAAUGUUGAUUCACGGCUGAAAGAUUCCUUGCAUUUACUGUUCUGUUCUCGUUCUUUUAUGUUUCUUUGAUUCUCUGCUUUUGAACAGUGUCUUUAUGAGUCAGCAUCACAGUAUGAGACUGAUAAGUUCUAUCUGUUUGAUGUCUAGCAUUAAAAGGAAAAGGCUAAUUCAUAAGAACUCUCCCUGUGAGAACGCGUCCAUUUUGGAGCUGUUGCAAACGCGGUGUUGGUGCGUUUAAAUGGCAAAAUGUAAUAUGUUGUAGAUUCUCUCCCACAUGGGUCAAAUUACAAUGGAAUGGAAUAAAACAUGAAAGAAAACCUCCUGAGCAGAAAAACAGAGUGGAAUGAAGAGCAAGAGCCCGUGCGGACCUUGUUAGCGCCAAAUGCCGGCUGCCGGCUCCCAGGAGAGGCCUCUGCAGCCGUGCACGCAGCCGUGCACGGCAGAUGCCGGAGCCGAGCUCACCUUUAGACGCACGCUGUGAAAAACGAGAGCCGCAACAGCGAAAUCUUUUAAUUUUAGUUGCGUCAAACACUGUCCUGCACGGUACCUGUCGUUUCAGGGCAGCAGACGACCCCACAGCGCCCCCUACUGGUGCGCAGGGGAUGGAGCAAUGGAUGAAUGUGACGAAUUCAUUGAACAGAUUCCAACAGGUAAAUGCCGGUUUUUAUUUUUAUUUUUGGGAGUAUUAUUCAGGUAAACCUUGCAUCUGCUGAGGUGUCGCCUCCCAUUGUAUUGUAAAAGACUGACGCGUGUCAACACCCCCUAAACCAACACGAGCCUCUCCCAUUAACUCGCGCAGCAGGCCGUGACAGUAGGGCACGUGUUUAUUCACACCUCGCGCCCAAAUGGCAACAGAAGACGCGGAGAUAUGGAACUGAACGGGUUGAAGAGUUCAGCGUGUUUUUUUUAUCAGCAGCGACGUUACGAUUCAAAGCAACCGCACUGAAGCUUGUUAAAAGCAUGUUGCCUUCAGGAAUAAAACGAGAACCCGUAAACAGGCUUAAAUCCAUGAAGAGUCGUGCGCGUGGCGGAUCCACCAACAUGUGCGUAAUGAAGGUUCCUCCGUAGAAUCGUGCAGUAUUACAUUCUUUAGUUUUCACUUUGCUGCAAAAUAAAGCAAUGCGAUUCAGAAGCACCGGUUUCUGAUCUGAUCUACAUUCAAACUAAAGCAAGAACGGGACCAUAUGGUUGGAGUUUGCCACAGUGUGACUUCGCACCUCAACAUCGUGGCGCAUGGAAACACUUGGGAACGCGUCAAGGCGCAAUUUGGCACCAGCCGCUCUCACCCCGAUAAAUAGGAGGUUCCUGCCCGGAGCAGCCACAUCCUCCGAGGACCCCGCAACGCACGGACCACUCACUGCCAGCAGCCAUGGACACGUCCGCCACCGCCACUGGACUUGGCUCCGUUUUACCUGGGGAUACUGGCAACCAGCAGGCCAACUUCUGGAGACCAUGGACUGGAAAAGCGAGCGGAGCCGAUGCGCACAACCCUCGUGCUGUGCUUGGAGGCCUUUUUGAUGCAAAGCUCUCUAAACCUCCUCAGGUCGUCCACCCAGUGAAGUUGUUCUGGCCUAAAUCCAGGUGCUUCGAUUAUCUGUACCGCGAGGCGGAGACGCUCCUGCGCAACUACCCGGUGCAAGCGACCAUUUGCCCCUACGACGACUCCAGCAGCGACGAAGACAGCGACGAGGAAGAGGAUGAAUCGGAAAAGGAGCUGAACUAAACACUACCUCCUGAAAGCUUAGACAACAAAUAGUUCCAUAACCUCAUAAUAUAUUUCAUUUAAUUUAUUCCUGUAAAUACGUGUAAAUACCUUUUUAUUACUGAAUGUUUAACUUAUUGCUUUAACAUAUCUACCUCUUUUUGUAUUUUAUCGAGACUUUUAAUAAAAUACAUGACAUGAA